CUUUUCAUUCUCUGGGCGUUGGCAACACGCACACCGGGCUCGCGCGGGAGGAUGCGCGCCGCCGAAGCGGACAGACUGGCGGAUGAACUCACGAGCGCGGCGGCGGCCGGAGACACGGCGCGCGCUGAACUCCUGCUGCAGAACGGAGCUGACGUCAACCGCACGAACCGCUUCGGGAGAACCGCUGUACAGGUGAUGAUGAUGGGCAGCGUGCGCAUGGCCAGCCUUCUGCUAUCACACGGUGCGAACCCAAACAUGGUGGAUGUGAGUACAGGGCUGAUGCCGCUACACGACGCAGCGCGCGAGGGUUUCCUCCUCACGAUACAGCUGUUAGUCAGAGCUGGAGCAGACAUCACUGCGCUGGACUACAGGGGGUGGAGCCCAGCCCAGCACGCACUGCAGGCUGGCCACACCCACAUCGCCAAGUUCUUACACACCCUCUAAUCUUCUUCCACCUCUCAGUCUUGCUCACUCUCUCUCUCACACACACACACACACCUCAUUUCCUCUUCAUACAGGGAGUGUUUUAUUCAGCAGACUGAACUGGCUUUAUUUACUGUUCCACUGUUUUAUUAGCUUUUAAUAACAUGUUUAUAAACUGCUUAUAAACAUGACACUGAAU